CACUGCCAAUUUGGAUUCUGCUUCCCAGCCUCUUGUGGCUCCUCCAGCAGCAAGAUUUGGUGGCAAAACCACCAGGAAUGAUUUAAUGAAAUUUGCCUGUGGAGCCACAGAACCAGUUUUGAACUGAGGAGGGAACAAAACCAAACAAACAACUCUGGGACAGCAGCGGCGGAAAAAUGCUGUGCAGGGACAGAGAAAGGAGGAAGUAAAUAAUGAAAAGAGGAGAAAUUGGAAAGAAUGAGGCAGCAGGGAAGGAGAGGAUGUGGGAAUCCCUGAGCACCAUGCUUUGGGGGCCAGGGCUGCCCCUGAGGAUGCUUCCUGGAGCUCAGCUGCGUGCCGGGGCGUUAUCCCGGCGUCCCGGCCAGCCUUUUUUCCAGGCGAGGAAAUAUUUAACUGCAGCGUCAGCAGACAGGGCAGGCGGGUGCAGGAAUGGAGAGAGGCAGGCAGCACCCUGUCCCCGCUGUCCCCCCAGGCCAGCCUCAGGGUGACCAUCUCCAGCUCCUGCUGCGCCGCAGCCACGAGGCCAAAAACUGCGCUUAUUGCCCCUACAGCCGCUUCCCGGUGGGAGCUGCGCUGCUCACCACCGGUGGGGAGAUCUUCUCGGGGUGCAAUGUGGAGAACGCCUGCUACAGCUUGGGGAUGUGUGCUGAGCGCACCGCCAUCCAAAAAGCCAUUUCUGAGGGGCACACCAGCUUCAAGGCCAUGGCCAUCGCCAGUGACAUGAGGGACCACUUCAUCACGCCCUGUGGUGCCUGCAGACAAGUGAUGAGAGAGUUUGGCACAGACUGGGAUGUCUACCUGACCAAAGCAGAUGGCACCUACAUUGUCAAGAGGCUGGAGGAGCUGCUGCCGCUCUCCUUUGGCCCUGAGGACCUGAAGAAGGUCUGAGCAGUGUGGCCACCACCAGCCUUUGCCCUUAGGCACAGGGGACAAUGUUUUUUUCCCCAAUUUCCUCAGCCUGUAAGCAACUUUUUGGUAACAACACAGUGGGAAAUGUGUUUAUACUGUUAAGUUGCCUGUUCCUCUGGCUCAUCUUCUGAUUCAGUGUUGAUUUGCAGACUCCAGCUCCACCUUGCCCUGAGGAAAUGGCAAAAUCAAUUCAUAGAAAUUCCCUGUUAUUAGUAAAAAAAGCACCCAGACAUCGCUGUAGGCAAGGGAGGACAUGGGUUUGAUGCACAGCUCAAACAGGCUUUGGUACAGAAACCAGUCCUGAAUAAUGUAAAAUCAUUGCUUGGGAAAGUGCUGGAUCCUUCAGCUCUUAAAGAGAAGCGAAAGCAAGAAGGAAAAGGUCCAUCAGUGCCAGAAGUAAUUAGUGAGCCAAUCCAGAUUAGGUGGAUUGCUGGAACAGGAUGGUUAUCGCACUGAGCGUGUCCUUUGCUCGUUUCUACCCAGCUUGUUUUCCUUGCUUUUAUUCUGUUUGGGGUGAAGAAGAGGACAAGGAGUUUUUGGGGACUUCUGGAGGGUUUUGUUCCUCCAGGGUAAUGCCAUUUGUUGAUUGUACUACUGAUUUACAAUACAAUGAUGAAUGAAUUCAUUACAUUUCCCAAUCAGCGCUGGGUUGAGCACUUCUGCCAUGCCCAAAAGAAAUAAAAUCAGUUCUGGUUUA